AUGGGAUGUAGCUCGAGGGAUGAGCACAAACAAGUGGAGAAGUCGGCAAGAAGGUUGAAUGUCAUAAAUCAGUCCAGUAGCAUGGAGAGGUGGUCAAGACGUGCAGAUAGCUCGGAUAGCUCGUGGAGUGUGGACAACUCGGAUCUUGAAGAAGACGAACAAGAAGUGUUAAGUUUGCAAAAGCAGUGGCGUGUCGAGAAGGAUCUGAGAGUUGUACUGGAGGUGCAAGAUGAGAAGUGGCGACUUGGAAUGGAUGAUAAGUUUGGUGUGAAGAAGGCGUGGAAAUUUUUCGAUCUCUUAAAGAGAGCCCGGCCUAUUCAGAGGAUCCCGGUUAAUGGCAAGUCGGCCACAAAGAUCACAAAGAACCCAACAAAGGGUAAGUCAGCCAAGGUUAAGAUGAAGUCGGUCAAAAAGAAGAUCAAGUCGGAUAAAGAGAAGAUCAAGUCGGUCAAAGAGAAAAGCAAGUCGGCUAUGGAGAUAGAAGAUUGUUCAGGAUGA